AUGGGAAUUUGUACUGAACUUCUUACCUCUCAAUCCAAUCCAGUGAAAGCAAUAGACAGUCAGGCUAACUCACCUUCUAAGGACUUCACUUCAAUGUUUGACAAUGGCUUAGCUGAAAUGAUUCCAGUGGAGAUGACUUGGACACCAUGCUUGACUAUGAUAACAAUGGCAGUGAUAAAUACAUUGAUAAACACGAGAUUUUUGAGAUCAAAGUUAAAGAGCUUAACAAUGAAGGGUCAGAUUGUAUUGAUUGGAUUUAUCUAUCAUGUCUUGAAAACGUAUAGUCGCCAUUUCCAGCCUCCAGCAAGACUUUCUGGAUUCCAAAAAAUGCCACCUUUUUUCUUAGCCAUCGCAAAGGGGAUACAAAGAUUUGUGGAAGACUUCUUACACUCUAGCACCUCAGUCAAUAAACGUGAAUUAAUUUACCAGUCCAAUACAAAUGCAUUGAAUGUUUUCUUCAUUCAUCCUGAUCUUGAAGUCAAGAUUUCAGUGAAUAUCGUCUCGUUUAAACCCUCUGGUGGUAUUACAUAUCUCUUCGGUGCUACAUACCUGGCAAACAACAACUUGUCCUACAGCAAGAGGCUAAACCCCAAAAAUCUCAUUCUUGCUGGUUUGAUAGCUCGACCAAAAAAGCCUAAAUUCAGCGCAAUUAACAGUCAUAGCAACCCUUUUGCUGAUGGCUUGUAG